AGUCUUUGUUGGUGCCGCAAACGCAACGCAAACGCACGCGCAAGCGCUUGUGGUCCUAGGAACGAGGAGCAUGAACAUGCUAUUCUGACGUGCUGACCGCUGUGCACAGCAAUGAGGGCAGCCGUCGCACUGAUAUUGAUAGGGGCAGCCGACGCAGGAUGCUACGACUACAUGGCCUGCGGGCAGUGCCCCGAAGGCUGCGUCUGGUGUCCCUAUGACUUAAUCUGCGCGCCGGAGAACAACGUCCCGACGGGGUCGUCUUUAUACCUAAGCGGCUACACCGCGAUCACCUGUGAUGCGGACGACUACGUCGACGAGUGCCCGGAACGCGACGACCCGUUGCCAGACCCGUACUACGAGGCCGCGGCCUGGUACCUGGAGGCCAUACGGGCCCCGGAGGCCUGGGCCGCGGGCUACACUGGUAGUGGUGUCCAGAUCUUGGUGAAUGACAACGGUGUGGACAACAAUCAUCCCGACUUGUCGAAGCUAGAUACAUCAGCCUCUUGUAGUUCAUACGCACCUCACGGUAAUGACGCCCACGGCACGGCCUGCGCUUCUCUCGCAUUAGCCUCCUCCAAUUCAGAAGCGGGCGUCGGCGUCGCCUACAACAGUGGACUAGCGUCGUGCACGAUGAUGGGCGACGACGCCGUCACCGGUUUAAGUUUCUUAACGUACAAGUACGACAAGAACGACAUUUCGUCGAAUUCCUGGGGCAUUGAUCAAUGUGACUACAUCGACAGUAGUACGAGCUGCCCAUUUGACUGUCCGAACGUCGGGAGUAACUGGUGCCCCUGUGCGGCCUGUGAUGGCGACGACUGGUCGUCUAGGGAUCUCUCCCAAGGUUGCGAGAAUACCGUCGUGGACUACUGCUACUAUUUUUUCGAAGACGACGUUGACGCGUGUCUGGAGCUCGACCACUACUUCGUGCAGUGCGGCUUCGGCCAACUGUCGUCAACAGCGCACGACGUCCUAGAAGACGGCGUCAAGAACGGGAGAGGCGGCAAGGGCAUGGUCCUCGUGUUCGCGGCGGGCAACGAAUUUCGCAAGGGUGAUGACGUGAACUAUGAGGGCUACCUCAACUCGAGGUUCACGAUCUCUGUUGGUAGUGUGGGUCAAGACCUGAAACAUGCUAGGUACUCGUCGAGCGGUGCUCCCGUGUUUAUUUCGGCCCCAGGAGGCGAUUGGGAGAACUAUCACCUCAUUUUUGCCGCGAAGCCGCUGUCGAUGAACGCCCCGGACGACUGCGGCGAUUCGGGCGCGGGGACGUCGUAUGCCGCUCCCCUUGUAAGUGGAGUUGUGGCGCUGAUGCUCGAGGCGAACUCAGACUUAGGCUGGAGGGACGUGCAAGGGGUGUUGGCUGCGACGGCGUCGAGACCGCAUGAGGACAGCGAAGAUGAGUGGGAGACGAACCAGGCCGGUGUGAAACAUAGCUACAAGUACGGUUUCGGUGUAGUUGAUGCGUAUGAGGCUGUCAUGACCGCAAAGUCGUGGUCAAAUUGGGGCAGCGAGAUCACCCUUGUAACGUCCACUUCCACUAAUAGUGUGAUAGAAGACUGUUGCGGGAACUGGGUCGAGUCCACCUCUGUCGAGUUUGGUUCUCAUGACUUUGUGAUAGAGAGCGUUAGUGUAUAUGUGACGAUCGAACACCCGCGGCGCGGCGAUCUGAGAAUUGAAUUGGAAAGAGAUGGUGUCGUAUCACUACUGACGGACGACAAACUGGAAAGAGGCACGCGCUACACUCAUCAUAAAUACACAACAUUGAGGCAUUGGGGCGAGCGCGCCGAUCAAGGAGCGUUCACGCUGCGGGUCGCCGACAUGCGGGAAGGUUCGGGAGACGACGACGACCUCGGCCAGGAUACGUCCUUCUACUACUACGAUGAUGAUGGAGACGACGACGGGAUAUUAGUGAGCUGGACGCUGCAGCUGUACGGCCACGAUGCCGACCUGUCGACGCCGUGGACGCCGCAGCCCACACCACAAGCGGUCGGCUGCGAUCGCGUCGAAGUCGACGGUUUUGAGUAUCAGCCCGCCGACGGCAUUUAUGGGAGAGCGGGGGAGUGCGAGGGCGUGGCCAUGUACGAGGAUAAUGGGAUAUAUUUAUGGUGGAUGGACUCUUACUGGUACAUCGGGAACGACCCCUGCCAGGACGACUACGCCGCGGCCUACGUCUAUGAUGAUAACGCGGACCUUGUGAACCUGAUGGGGACGUGGACCGAGUACCAGGGCUCGCCGGGCUGGCGCGCGAACGCCGACGUCGUGGCCACGUGCCGCGUCGACACGCCGGCCCCGACGCCGGCCACGCCGGAACCGACGCCCGAACCCUCGCCGGAACCUACUUAUUCUCCGACGACGCCCCAGCCGUCGCCCGCGCCGUCGACGCCGGCGCCGUCGCCGUCGCCGACGCACCGGCCCACCUACUCUCCAACGACCCCUGAGCCCUCCGUGUCGCCGUCCCCGGAGCCUACGCCUCGGCCAACACCAACACCGACGCCGGAGCCCUCUGUCACUCCGACGCCCCGGCCGACGCCCGCGCCGUCCGUAUCUCCGACGCCCUCACCCACGGUCUCGCACCAGCCCACGCCGCAGCCGACGCCCAGACCUACUCCGAGACCCACCCCAAUGCCGACGCCGCGCCCUACACCUACGCCGACCACGCCUCAACCGAGCCCGCGGCCGACGCUGAGGCCGACACCUCGACCCACGCCGACGCCGACGCCGCUGCCGACCACAUGGCAGCCCACAGCCGAGCCGUCGCUGAGGCCGACACCUCGCCCGAGCUACCGGCCCACGCGCUCGCCGACGCCGCAGCCAUCCCCCUCGCCGACGGUACCGCCCGGCGACCCCACCGCCAGCCCGGUCUUCGCGCCGACGCCGCAGCCGUCCCGGACGCCGACGCUGCGCCCCUCGCCGCGCCCGACGCCCGCGCCGACACCCUUGCGGCCUACCCUGCGACCGUCGCCGCGGCCGACGGCCGCCGCGCCGACGUUCGCGCCGUCGCCGAUCCCCUACGUCGUGACGGGCGGCCUCUCGUUCUCCGGCGUGAGCCUGGCAGAAGCUCUGGAAGCCGAGGCAGUGUUUGUGGUCGCGGUCGCGAUCCUGUGUGGCGUCGAUGAAAAUGCGGUGACCGUGACGAUAUCGGCGGCGGCGAGAAGGCUUCUGGAAGAGGCGUUGCUUCCCGGGCGGAGCCCCGGGGCGCCCAUGCGCCGCAAGAGCGACUACGUACCCACGGCGAAGCCGACGACGUCGUCGCCGACGCUGCAGCCGACGAACUACGCGCCCACGGCAGCGCCGACGUCAGUGCCAGAAGGCGGCGUCGUGGUCGCCUACGAGGUCGCGGUGCCGUCUCUGUCAGAGGCGGAGGCCGUCUCCUCGACCAUUUCAUCCACAACGGUGGCGGACGUCGACGCAGCAGUGGCGACGGCGGUCACGGCAAAUAAUGAGACGCUCGCAGUCGUCGCCACGGCCGUCGGCGCCGUGGACUUCGCCGCGACGCGCACCAGGGCGCCGACCGCAGUACCGCUCCCGGGCGACGAUGCCUCCUCCAGUGCAUCGAGCGGCGGCGUCGACGCGGCCACGCUGGGCGGUGCGGCGGCCGCCGGCGCCGUACUCUUGUUGGCGGUCGUGGCCUACGUCGUCUACCGCCGCCGUACCGUCGUUGCGAAGGAGGAGGAGGAGAGGUCUCCGCGGAAUUCGCCCCGCAUCGACGUGGAGGAGGGCGUGGACCUCAAGGCGGUCAAGGCCGCCGCGCGGGCGCAGCUGGCCCAGACGUUGGCCGACGAGCCGCCGCCGCCGCCGCCUUCUCGUUUGUGAUAUUGCUUAUCGUGUUAUCGAGGUAAGAGUCUGUACCUUA